AUGGUGACCUUCGACGCGAGCGAAACCCACAGCAUGGUGUACCUGCACGCCUCCCUGUGCGAGUCCCUAAGGCUGUACCCGCCCAUCCCGUUCGAGCACAAGACCGCGGCCGCCGCCGACGUGCUGCCGAGCGGGAAGGAGCUCAAGGCAGGCGACCAGGUGCUGUUCUUCACCUACUCCAUGGCGAGGAUGGAGGGCGUGUGGGGCAAGGACUGCGCCGAGUUCCGGCCCGAGAGGUGGCUCACCGCGGAAGGGAGGCUGCGGCACGAGCCGCCCUACAGGUUCUUCUCCUUCAACGCCGGGCCGCGGACGUGCCUCGGCAAGCAGAUGGUGUUCGUGCAGAUGAAGACCGCGGCGGCGGCCGUGCUGUGGAACUUCGCCGUCGACGUGGUGCCGGGCCACGUCGUGGAGCCCAAGCUGUCCAUCGUACUCCAUAUGAAGAACGGGCUCGCCGUACGCGUUAGGAGAAGGGACGACGUCGUACUCCACAUCAGUGGAAAAAUAAACACCGUCUGA